AUGCGCUCCAUGCAUCGUGUGAUGACCUGGCUGCUUAAAAAGAUACACGAUGUGGAGUGUCGAUUGGCAGAAGCUAAUGCGGCGUGUCGAUUUCGGUACUGGAAGGAGGUUGAAGUGCUGUACGAUCGCUUCGUGGGGGACAAUACCGCUGCGUGUGCGCAAUUUGAAGAUCAGGGCUUUGCUAUGCCUGAAAUUUACGCCCGAAUUGACGCAACAAAGCAGUUGGAUCAUGAUAUUAGCGAGUACGAAGCUAUCGAGGCGACUUUAGCAGAUUUGCUUCCAACGUUGCGAAGAUAUCAGAAAGCUGCGGUGUCUUGGAUGCUUUCCAGGGAGAAAUCACCCACGCAAAGUGAUAAUUCGCUGCCCUUGUGUGUCACAUUUCGUGAAGACAUUGCAAAGGACUUACAGGCGUAUGAUCCGCUCUGUGCAGCAUUUUACGCAGCCCCACCCGGCGUGCCUUGGACGCAGCAAGAGCAACUUCGACCUUCUGGAAUGGACUUUUCUAGGGUGCACGGUGGGAUUCUAGCUGAUGAAAUGGGUCUCGGGAAAACCGUCGAGGUGAUCGCUCUCACUUUGAGCCAUCGAACUUCGUCUUCAGUGCCUCGACUGCUAUCAACUCACUCAUCUCAGCAUCAUUUGGCUGCGAGUGGGGAUGAAGAAGACAGUGAUGUGGUGGCAUGCAUCUGCGGCUCAUCGGGAGACCAUCCCAUGGGGCUUGUGCAGUGUGGGUUUUGUGGAACGUGGCACCACCAGCUCUGUACAGGAUACAAAGUCGAAGAGAGCGAGUCCGCAUUAGACUAUACCACCAGUUCGAAUACUCUCUGGGAUUUUGAGUCGGAUCGAGCGGGAAACGGAGCAACCACGACCUGGUCAAGAGGUGGAUUCAUGUGCUAUCACUGCCAGAGCCACGAGAGACCAACUUUUUCUUGUCGUACAACUCUUAUCGUGUCGCCAGAGCCAAUUCACGCACAGUGGGAACAUGAAGUUUCUCGUCAUGUACGUGCGGGUGCUCUCUCCGUGAUGCGCUAUCCGGGUGUUCGCGCUCUCAAGACCCGACUGGAGGGUGGUGGGCCAAGUGCAGAAUGGCAAGUUUUAGCGUCUCCGGGUCUUGUGCUAGCUCGAUACGAUGUCGUCUUAACAACGUAUGAGGCGCUGGGUGCAGACCUACGAUACGUGCCAACAACUGAAGGAAAGGACCGACGAUCUAGUACACGAUCCCAACUUAAACGUUAUGCGUUUGUGGGUUCUCCUCUAGUGACCUUAUACUUUUGGCGGGUGUGUAUGGAUGAAGCACAGGUAGGCGUGGAGAAUACACGUCUACAAGCAGCCCUAACGCUAUCGAGACUUAGUGCUGAGAACCGAUGGGUAGUCACCGGUACUCCGUUUUCGUCGCGCGUCAGUGAAUUGUUCGGCUACUUACGUUUCUUACGCGUUCCGCCGUACACUUCAUCGCAGCAUGUGGUGGAUCAGCUGGGUCUCCCACCGCAGACUAGUGAAGUCGUGUGGUGUCGUUUUACCGCUGUUGAAAGGCACUUUUAUGACCAACAGGAGAAGCGGGUCGUGUCUCUGAUUCAGCAGCGGCAGCAACAACAACAGCAACAACAGUCGGUCCAAACCAGCCACAUUAUUGAUCGAGAUGACCUCUUGUGGCAAGAUUUACUGGUUUUGCGGCAACUAUGCUGUCAUCCUCAGGUUGGUGGCGCUCGACAAGUUUGGGGCUCUUCUGGGAAUACUACGAGUAGAGCUGUGAUGACCAUGGAUGCGUUCCUACAAGAACUGGUGAACAAGGCUACACGAGAGUGCGAAGAAGAUCAACGACAGCUUAUCGGAGCGCAGAAUGGUUUGGCUGCGCUGCUGGUACUCGAAGACAAAGUGUCUGAGGCCGCACUCAAGUAUUUGGCUGUCAUGAAACUAAUUCGCACCAACUGGCCACAAUUCCGUGCUGAUCUGCUUCCGCGACUACACAUUUUACAAAACCUCGAGAAGUGCGUUUGUCAGCUCUACUCACUACGUGAAAGUGGCGUAUGCCUGCUUCCAGAGCUCCCGUCGCUUCAGAAACGUGUCUCGUUCACGGGACUACUGCCUGACUCGGAUGAUCUGAGUGAUGAAGAGCACAAAGAUAUUAGUCGCGAAUGUGCCUUGCUGGGACAAAGCGCCAGGCAAAUCCGGCAGUACUACCUACUCCAAGCAGACAUGAAGCAUACGCGAGCUCUUACAAACUUCAGAGCGGCUUUUCAAAUGAUCGACGAUAGCCAACAGCAUUCCACACGAGCCAAGACAGAAUUGUUGUGUUCUUCGGGGAAUUGGUGGAGUGAUGCGCUGGCCAUCAUUGAACAGAGUGAGCAAGGCAGCGGUGCGCAACUUGUAGACAGAGUGCAAGCCCGGCUUUCUGGCUUCGAUACGCGUUGGGGGACAACCUUUUGCUCUCAACUUGUCAGCGCGCGGUCUCUGAGACUUUUACUCGUGCGCGAGCUGGAAGUCUUGGCAAUACGGCGUCGCGAUCUUUUUAAACGUCUCACAGCCCUGAGUGAAGACACACCGACGGACUCGGACGUGGAGCUAUCUGGCAAUUGCAAAAAAUGUCGGGAUGGUGGAACUGGUCCAGUUUGUAUCCACUGUCAGCUGUACAAAGAGCUGGAUGCGUAUCGGCGACACUUUCUUGGAGUCGAUAAAACUUCCUUUAUCAACACGAGGAUUGUGGAUUUGUUCGAUGAUGACAUGGUGGACGAGGACACUGCAAACGACAGUAGUGGUGGAUUGUCGACGUCUCUGUUUAUGGAGAUUUUCAAGGAAAUUUCGAGCUGUGCUCGCAGUGCACUACGCGGACAGGAGGAUGGCAGAGGGCUAGCUCUCGUAAUUCAGACUGGUAUGCAGACAGAGACGGACUUCUGGCUAAACCUACAGCGUGAAUGGCAAGCUGGAAAAAAGCUGUUUCAGGCGCAGCAUCAGCGUUUGGGAGCGCUGGAUGAGCUAGUCAUGGCUUGUAGCCAGCUACGUCUGCGGCAUCCUGAUGAACCACCAGGACGCACUAAAGCUGAGCGAUUGUAUAAACUGGAGCGCGUUGAGGUCCCCGUUCGUGUAGCUGAGUUGGAAGCAGAACGCGUGGCAGCUGACUUAGCUCUGAAGGACAAAUUGGCUCAGCUGCGAUAUUUAUUGCAACUUCGAAGCGAGUCGAGUACCCGUCAAGCGCAUGAUCUCGAAGCAAGCGCGGAGUCUUCGUCUGUUCGUCCAGUAUGCGCUGUUUGUCUCCAGGAACUCCCGCAGAGACGCGCCGUGCUUCCAUGUGCACACGUGUUCUGCACGAGGUGUGUAUCGGACCUGAAAGGAGAUCGCCAACAUGCCAGGAAGAAUAUCCGCUGUCCGACGUGCCGCCGUGUCUGUGCUAUCGAAAAUGUCACCAUUGUUGUGGAAAGGCUAGCGUCAGAGUCCACUUCAAUUAACUUGGAGGAUUUUAGUCAAGGUGAAGCCAUUUCUGAAGUCCCAAGCCAUCCUUCACCCUUACACUGUGACGGUGGGAGUCUGGGAUCUAAGCUGGACGCAUUGCUGGAGCGAGUGGAAAUGCUUCGACAAGAGAACCCCAGUGUGAAAUGUUUGUUGUUCUCGCAGUGGUCUCAGAUGUUGGAGCUGGUGAUGCAACCGCUGCGUCGAGUUGGGGUGUACUGCUUUAUGUACGGGACAAAGCGGCAACUGCCAAAGCUUCUGGCGCAGUUUCAGGCUUGUCCGGCGGCCUGUGUACUGGCACUUCCAUUUAAAGUAGGCGCUAAUGGGCUGAACAUCGUGGAAGCGACCGAGGUGCUUCUUAUUGAGCCUCUGCUCAGUAGUAGCAUUGAAGCACAAGCUGUCAACCGUGUUCAUCGUCUGGGCCAGACCCGACAAACGCGUGUCCACCGAUUUAUCGUCCAGGGCUCAGUUGAGGAGCGUAUCUUUCGACUUGGUCACAAGCUCAAGGAUCACGGCGCAGAAGACGACCAGGAGAGCAAGGAAGAAAUCAACGACGAAGAUGAGGGACUGCAACGUUUGGGUGUGGCUCCUGGACGCAAAGAACAGGAGAAGCUCACCAUGCAAGACUUGCAGGAGCUACUUCGUGGAAACGCUGACGAUUCUGUCCCGAGUUCAGCAGCAACGGCGGUUUUCUGGGAAGAACUGGUGAUGUUAAACGGGAAUUGCGUCACUCGUUCUGCAGCCUUCGAGUUCUUGGAGCGUCGACAUGCUACGCAAGUACGAGUUGAAAGCGAAGGUCGAAUUCGUGGACCACAAACGAAAUUAUUUGACAAGUUGAUGGACCUUCUUAUCGCUGGUGAGCUACUUGGGCUUUCGUAUGCCGAUGAUUCGAAUAAUGUCGACGUAUUUAAACGAAUUGGUCCCGAUCUUCUCCACAACCAACAAGCACAGAUCGAGGAACAAGUUCGAGUGUGGAGAAAUGCGCAAGGGGACAAUGCAAUGUAA